UGCUGCUCCUGCCGCGGCUGCCUCUGCGUACGCCUCGACCCACCUACCGACCGACCUGCCUCUCGUCCGAGACCGAAACACGACUCCUCAUUAAAAGACGGACUCCGCGGACGCUUUCCACGCAUUCCCCCCGUUAUUCGGCGUCGCGCACGGGCUUACCUGUGCUCACCUGGACUCACCUGAGCACGGAGCUUUUGUAGCGGAUAAGGAAAGAAAGAAAAGCAGGACUCAGAAAACGGCGCAUCGGAUCGCGUAUUCGCUCGAAAGUCCGGAUCGUGGUUCGGUUCAACGAUGCCGAGGGCGUUUUUGGUGAAAAAGAACAACGUUUCGCCGGGAAAGCGGAACUGGAGCGAAGUGGCGGAUCAUGAAAGAGGCGACGUUUACAUCCCAGUGUCGAUCUUCCCGUCGUCGGCUCUGAUGAUGGAGGCGGAGGCGGCGGAGAGCGCCCCCUUGUGUCUCACCAAACCCCCCGUCUCCGAGUCGUCCUUCGCCACGGCGGAGUUACCGUCCAGCACCGUGUUGGGGCGCCCCCCGCAGGACGCCCCGAGCGGCGCGGAGAGGGGGGAGGGCCGCCGCAGAGCCCAGCACAGCGGCAGCUCCUACGUACGCUCCAAAAUCAAGGUCACGACAGGCGAGUUGCCCUCCUCCGACCAGUCGCCACCACCGCCGCCGCCGCCACCGCCGCAGCCGCAGACCGUGACAUCGCUCAUCGCCGUGGAAACAGAGACCACACCGCCAAAAGCGACCAAUCAGAGCCAGACGACAGCCCCAGGGUCCGCCCCCCUCUUCUCUUGUCAGAUUUGUCAGAAGACGUUCCAGUUCCAGCGGAUGUUGAAUCGUCACGUUAAAUGUCACAAUGAGACGAAGAGGCACCUGUGCAGCUUCUGCGGAAAAGGAUUCAACGACACGUUCGACCUGAAGAGACACGUCCGGACGCACACAGGAGUUCGCCCGUACAAGUGCAGCCUGUGCGAUAAAGCCUUCACCCAGCGCUGCUCGCUCGAAUCCCACAUGAAGAAAAUCCACAGCGUGACGCUCAAGUACGCCUACAAGGAACGCCGGAACAAGCUGUACGUGUGCGAGGAGUGCGGCCACACCGCCUCCACCCAGGACGAGCUGCUGGUCCACCUCCACAACCUCCACCCGGCCAGCGCUCUGCUCAAGGGCAAGAUGGCGGCGGCGGCGAGGAGGCAGCGGGAGCAGGAGGGCGAGAGCGACGACACCACCGGCUCCAACGGGCAGUGAACAGACGGGAUAUUGAGACUUUGUUGAAUAUUGAUACUUCGCAAAUUGACUUUAUUUUACUUUGCCGAUUUGGGCGAUCGGGCAAAUUCGAUUCGCUUCUCCUCGGGUUUGAGGAGGCGUGACCCGACUUUGUCACUGUCAGAUCAUAAACAAAAGGAAGGGUGCUCUUUUCGGGACAAUAUUUUCACGGACCGGCGGCGUAGGGAGAUGCAAACCUGGUUUAGACCUGGUUUUAGUUCUGGUUUAGAGGAGGCACGGCCCACGCGGCGUAUGGGGGAGGGGUUUGAGUUUUCGCGACCCGGUACCCAAUGACCAAACGACGACGGGGGUUGGGGAGCCUUGAGGAAAGCUACAGUAACAGUCGAUAAAACAGAGCGUCAGGACACAGAGACGCAAAAUACAAACUCAGGAAAUAGUGAAGAGAAGAUUUUUACUCACCUCUUGUAACGUUGUAAAUUUAAGUGCAGCAGCUCAGCCACAUUAUCCAUAAAAAUUGUCUUUCACAAAUAAUGACUCCAGUCCACAAAACAUCGUUGUGAAUCCAGUUUGCGUCGUUUUUUUAAAAGUAAAAAGGCCGGAGUAGUUCCUCAUGUGUGUUUGUUUACAUCCACACAGAGCACGGAUCGACCUGAAGCUGCAGAUCAGCGACAGUGACUCGACUUCCCCACGACUUUAUCUCCACUUUAAUCUUUUAUGCUUUAAAAAUCCUGAAUCUGAAGUUUGCUCCACAUUUCACACAUAAUAAUAAUAAUAAUAAUAAUAACACAGUUUGGACUUGUGUCUAAACUAGAAGUUAGUGUUGUAGUCAAGAGCGAACUAAUCGACUCCAAGACCUGUCUGAGACCACAGGGUCCUGAGACCAGGACAAGACCAAGACCUCUGAGAGUCGAGACCGAGACAAGAUCGAGACCAAAUUGAGACCAUCUUUGUCAUUUUUGACAUUUAUUUGGAUUUUAUAGUUAUUUUGGCACAAAUAUAUCAAUGUUUUUAUAAAUCUAUCUCCAUUUUAUUACUCAAAUCCAAGAGCCUUCAA